AUGGACGCUGGGGCGGGGAGCAGCUCCUUUUACCUCCCAGCCCCAGAGUUAUUUGUGCUGGGCAUGCAGAUUGAAGAGGGAAGCAAAGCCGCGGCGGUGGGCAAGUUACUGGCUGGAGACGAGAUCGUCGGCAUCAAUGACGUUGGUCUCUCGGGGUUUAGACAGGAAGCGAUUUGCCUGGUGAAGGGGUCGCACAAGACCCUGAAGCUCGUGGUAAAGAGGAGGAACGAGCUGAGCUGGAGGCCGCACUCCUGGCAUGCCACCAAGUUCUCCGACGGCCACCCCGAGUCGUCCACCUCCUCGCUCUCCUCCAGCAGCACCUGCCCCGCCUGGCCCGGCCGGCACCACGCCAGCUCUUCCUCCCAGGACCUGUCCGGCAGCGCAUGGGAGCAGACGAAUCUGCAGCGCGCCUCUGGCCACUUCAGCUCCCUGGGGAGCGUGGACAGCCUGGACCAGCCUGCCCAGUCCUCCCCCUCCGGGCGCCUCUCGGCUGCCAAGUCCAACAGCAGCAUCGACCACCUGGGCGGCCCGAGCAAGCGGGACUCGGCCUACGGCUCCUUUUCCACCAGCUCCAGCACGCCGGACCACACCCUGCCCAAGGCAGACGCCUCCUCCGCCGAGAACAUUCUCUACAAAGUGGGCCUUUGGGAGGCCUCCGCAGCGGGCGGCGGCCGGCAGGGCCUGACUGCCGGGGACCCGCAGGGCGUGGAGGAGAGGCUUGGGUGCUUCCCACCCAGGGUCCCCUGUGACAGCAGCAGAAGCCCCAGGCCUGAGAACAGCGCUGAGCCCAAGCUGGCUGCUUCUGGAAGGUCCACUUUUGGGCCAGUCUGGUAUGUUCCCGAGAAGAAAAAAGCCCCUUCGUCCCCUCCCCCACCCCCUCCCCCUCUCCGCCGUGACAGCUUCGCUGCCACCAAGAGCCACGAGAAGACCCAGGGCCCGUUCGCAGAGGCGGCCACCUCUCAGCACUUUCCUGGCCUGGUGGGCGCUCAGGCCCAUGGCGACUGGAGACCGGAAGUGGCCGAGCACCUGCAGAGACCCGGGCCCGCAAACGAUGCGAGAAGAGCUGGGGGCUCAGGCUGGGUGCCCGGUGCGUACCUGGACUAUGGAUGGCCACCCUGCGACAGUGGCGCACCCAGCCGGCUUCAGGCCUCCCUGUCCAGCACGGACGUGCGCUGCCCGCAAGCUUCCUACAGGUGCCAGCACCCACGCCACUCCAGCGACGAGAGCCCCUUCUGCCGCGAGGGGCCCAGAGCCACCACAUGGCUCAGGGAGCAGCCCCCUGCGGAGGGAUUCCAGGAUGACAGCCCCACUCAGGUUGGGUGGCCCAGCGCUGCUGACCGGAAGGGUGAUGGUGGCGCGCAGAGCCGCUACUACUGCGUGACCUCCAGGCGUUGUCUCCAGGGAGGUGCCCCAGACGCGCAGCCCCGUUCCUACCCGUCCGGGUUCGAGGGGGCGCCGGGCGCCCGCCAGAGAGGGAGGGCCAUGCCAGCGGACAGGGCGGCCGGAGCCACGGAACUGCCCAGCGGCAGCCUCUUGGACAAAGCCAGCCUGAAGAAGGUGGCAGGUGACUUCACGUGGGCCGACCAGGGUGGCGGCGAGAUCUGUCCCCUGCAGACACCCAUGCUGCACUCGCUGACCCGGGAAGGGGCACGCCGGCCCGAGCCCAGCUUUGAUGGCGCCGCGGAGAGGCUGGCACUCGAGGCCCCGGCGGGCAAGCCAAUGCGGAGAAGCGACCGGUUCGCCACCACCCUGAGGAACGAGAUCCAGCUGCGGCGAGCCAGGCUGCAGAAGAGCAGGAGCACAGCCACGCUGGCCGGCCCCGGGGCUGAGGAGGAGGAGGAGGAGGAGGAGGAAGAGGCCGAGGUGCGUGGCUGGGGGGCGCACCAGGCGGGGGGCGCGGGGACUGCCCCGGAAGCCACCGUCACCAGCUCCUACAAGGACCACCUGAAGGAGGCCCAGGCCCGCGUCCUGAGGGCCACAUCAUUUAGGCGCCGCGACUUGGAGCCCAGUCACGUAGACCCGGACACCGGCCCCCGCGUCCGGGAGGUGGCUCCGGCCAGGCCGCCGUCGUGCGCUACCAGUGGUGGCGGCAGCGCGCUGCCCGCCCCGCGCAUCGGAGGCCGCAGGCGCUUCACGGCCGCGCAGAAGCUGAAGUCGUACUCCGAGCCCGAGAAGAUGAACGAGGUGGGGCUCGCGGGGGACGACCCCCCGCGCCGGUACCCUGGACCUCCCGAUGAGACCGUGCGCACGUUUGCCGACAGGUGGAAGUUUUUUGAGGAAACCAGCAAGCCCACUGGCCAGCGGCCUGGGCGGAGGCCGGGGCCCUGUGGGUUCCCCAAGGAAAAGCCGGAGAGGCCACAGACAGCGGGACCUGGGAACGGGGGAAAGGCGGGAAGAUCGGACCCGCCUCAGAGACUUGGAACAUUUGCCGAGUAUCAAGCCUCGUGGAGGGAACAGAGGAAAGCCCCGGAAGCCAGGAGCGCCGGGAGGUACCACUCUGCAGAUGACAUCCUGGAAGUGGGUCUGGACCAACAGGAGAGGCCACCGUACAUCCAUGAAAGGUCCAGGUCCUCGCCCUCCACGGACCUCUACAAGCAGGAAGCUUCUGUGGACCUGCGGCGGGAGGCAGAGGAGCCCCGUGAGCAGAGAGAGCUUUUCUCCGCAGUCCUGGCCGAGGAGGGACGUCCCCCCCAAAGGUAGGAGGAUUUGGGAUCUGCGGGGGCUGAGAAGGCGUCUCGGGGGCAGGCUGCCUUGUGGUGGGCGAGUGCUUGGUAACCUGGUUGGUGGGCGUCUGGUUUCUGGCAGACCUGAAGUGGCUGCAAAGCAGACGUGAUUUCCAGCAUCUCCAGGACCAGAGCCCUGCGGCAGGAGGAGCAUCCCAAGGGCAGGGAUGCGUCCUACACCACUGUGGCAUUUUGGGUCCUCCUAACAGCUGCUGUGUUUUGCAUACAGUAAAGUUCUUGACGUUGACAGAAGGAGAAAUCCAGUGUGAUGGGCUUGCAUGAAAGGCAUUGUCCAGAUGUUUGAUGUGUUAACGUCUUAGGUGCAGUGGCUUGCUGGGGCUGGCAGUCCACGCUGUCUGGAAGGAUCGUGAGUCCAAGAACCGGGGUGAUCCUUUCUGGAUUGGCCUUAUUUAAUGAGUUAAUUUUGGGCUUUAAAACAGAUCAAAUCAGAUGGCUCCCCAGGACAGGAUCAGAGCAUCUGAAAGCUCAAUGGGAGCCGUGUGUUGUGCUGUCACGGGCCAUGAGUCAUGGGCCGUGUCCUCACAGGAGCUUCUGUUGUGGUGUCACAGGAUUGGCAGUGGCUUGGGAGUACUGGGACGUGUGUUCAAUCCCCGGCCUGGUACAGUGGAUCCGGACUGGCUGCAGCUUGGAUCUGAUCCCUGGCCUGGGAGCUCCACAUGCCAUGGGGCAGCCAAAAACAAAACCAACCAACCAACCAACAAAUGUGUCCUCACAGCCAUGAGGGUGGAUGGAAUUUAGAUGAAAUGUGCCAUGUCGUGCUGCCCCUCCCACAUGAGGAGGGCAGGAGAAGGAGGGGUAGGUCAUUGCGGGAGCUGUGGUACAACCUUACUUUGAAAGGGCUGAGGGAGGAACGGGAUCGAAUUUGUACACGAGUCAUUGAAUGCAGAUCUUCCUGUUGCCUGGAGAAUCUCCGGUGAUUGGUUCGAUAUUCGAAUUAAACACCAACCUCAGAAUGAAGGGUUCUGCUGCAGAGAGAACCAACGUAAAUGUUUGCCUUUGAGAGCCUUAGGUAAGGGGGUUUUAUUUCAUCUGGCUUUGAACAGAGUGCGUUGGCCUUCAAGAAGAGCGUCGGUUACUGGCGUGGCUCUGAGGGAGCAGGCGUGGUGUCGUGUGCAUGCUUGUGUGGGACGUCACUGCCGUUGUGUGCCAGGCUGCAUGGCCCAGACCCGAAAGCCCUGAGCGACAGAGGAAGGCUGAUGAAUGAUACAGCUUCGGAAUGGCGCUGUGUCUCAGCAGCAUGACUGUAGCUUUACGUCUCUGGAUUCCAAGCCGAUCGCGUGCCGAGAGCCAGCCACAGUCUUCAGGCCCUGCCGCCGGGGGCGGGGUGUGGGGGGCACGCUGUGCUCUGAGGCCUCGAGGGUUGACACCGCAGAGCCCUCAGGUGCUUGGCGUUCGUCGGCUCCUCUCCUCCCUGGGCAGAGUCCUCACAAAUGGCUGUAAUGUGCACAUCGUGUGUGUGUGUGUGUGUGUCGGGGGUGGGGUAGGUGGCGUCAUCAGCAGUGAAAGGCUCGAGAGGAACGGGCAACAGACCACAGGCUGUAUGGGUCACGACCGUGACUCCCCGCAGACCGCAUGACCACGCUGGAGGAGAGUGUUCCAGAGGCUUUCUGGUUUGGGGCUACCAAACUCAGCAAUUUUGAGAACCGUUGUGUGUGCUUUGAGAGAGUGCUGAGACCCAGUGUAAUUCUAGCAGAGGAACACGGAAGGGCUGUUUUCAACUUCUUCCAGCGAAUGUUUAUUUUCUGAAGUCCCAGCAAGAAAUAGUGUGCUCGAAACCUCACGUUUGAGAAUACACGAAAGGGCACGUCAGGCCAAGUCACCAAAAGCCAAAUCUGUCAUGCAAGGAUGUAAAGGUGCCCGGUGUUUUGCAUAAAAUUAAUGUCAUGUGUCUGAAUAAAGAAUUGAGACUGCUGACUUGUUACCUGGAA